AUGCAUCGCACAUAUUCUAUGCGCCAAUCGCGCGCUCCCACCGCCUCUCAGAUUGAGAAUCCACCUCCUCCGACAUCCUCAACCAAGGGCGGCCGACUCUUUGGCCGAGCCAACUUCGGCCAUGCCUUCCGAAAGGGAACUGCGGGUGCCUUUGGCCCCGAUCUGGCGAAGAAGCUAUCACAGCUCGUGAAGAUGGAAAAGAAUGUCAUGCGCAGCAUGGAACUAGUUGGAAGAGAGCGCAUGGAAGUAGCGCAACAACUCUCCCUCUGGGGUGAGCUUUGCGACGAUGAUGUUUCCGAUGUGACGGACAAGCUCGGCGUCCUGAUCUACGAGAUUGGCGAGCUGGAGGAUCAGUUCGUGGAUCGCUACGACCAGUAUCGUGUGACCAUGAAGUCGAUCCGCAACAUCGAAGCCUCGGUCCAGCCCAGCCGCGACCGAAAGCAGAAGAUCACCGACCAAAUCGCCCAGCUCAAGUACAAGGAGCCCAACUCCCCACGAAUUGUUGUCCUCGAGCAAGAGCUCGUCCGUGCCGAAGCCGAGUCCCUCGUUGCUGAGGCUCAACUCUCCAACAUCACGCGCGAGAAGCUCAAGGCUGCCUUCACCUACCAGUUCGAUGCGAUGCGCGAGCACUGCGAGAAGCUGGCCAUCAUCGCUGGAUACGGUACCCACCUCCUGGAGUUGGUGGACGACAACCCUGUCACCCCUGGUGAGACUCGUCCGGCAUAUGACGGCUACGAGGCCAGCAAGGCCAUCAUCCAAGACUGCGAAGACGCGCUCACCAACUGGGUGUCCGGAUCUGCAGUUGUCAAGAGCAGCCUUUCCACCCGCAGCCGAACCCUAAGCCAGCGGAGGAAGAACGCAGUCAAGCGCAAUGCUGAGGGCGGCGUCGACCUCAGUGGCCAGGACCAACCCCUCAAGAGCGACCGCGACAGCUGGGUACCGGCCGGACAACACGGCGAGUACGCAGGCGACGAGGUCAGUGAUGAGGAGGAAGAGGAAGAUGAGGUCGCAACGGGUGCCAAUGGCCAAGCUCGCGGCCGCACUGAGCAGCCUACCGCCGCAUAG